AGUAAACCAUGAGCAAUAGCUGUGGAUGUUUGCUAACGUUCUGGAAACUGGCCAAAUAUAUAUGAUUACUUUUCGAGAAUUGGGACGAUGGUUCAUAAAGGAAUACAGGUUUUUACGAUAUUAAACAAGCAAUGUAAUUCUAGGCUAAUGUGGCUAAUUUUUAAACUAAGAGGGAAUACCUAGAAGUAAUAAUGGCGCUGCCUUUGCCAGUCACUAGUUGAAGCCAAAAACCUUCGACUUUUCAACUGUUGCCAUGAUGUGUGUAUCAAUUUUCGUUUCUUAACAUUAAGCAGAAAACACUGAUCAUUGGUGGGAAGUAAACCAUGGGAUGUGGGACAUCUGCAAACUCCACUCACAGUCACUCAAUCCAAAGAUCUAGAAAAACAGCCAAGUCUAUCAAUCAAGGUUCUUCGCUCGUACCAGCUGGGACAGCAUUCAAAUCAGCAGUUCUGAUCCAACGCUGGUAUCGACGCUACAUAGCCCAAAUGGAAGUGAGGAGAAGAUGCACAUGGAGCAUAUUCCAAUCUAUAGAGUACACGGGGGAGCAGGACCAAAUCAAACUUUAUGAUUUUUUCAACUUUCUCAUGGACCAUUUCACCUCCGACAACAGUAAGGAGAGAGAUUUCAUUUGUCGCAUGUUCUCUGAUGAGGACAAUAUCAAAGAUACUGAACUGGAAAAAUAUUGUGAAUAUGAAUCAAUUGAAGUGCCAGAGGUGUACACAGGUCCUCGUAUCACCUUCCCCCUGAAGCCUACACAUGCAGCAGCCUUAGUGGAAGCCUUUAAACAGAAACAACAGCUCCACUCUCGCUAUGUCCUACAUCUUCUUCAUGAGACAAAGAAACAUCUCAAACAGCUACCAAACAUAAAGCGUGUAUCCACCAGUUACAGCAAAGAGAUCACCAUCUGUGGUGAUUUACAUGGUAGAUUGGAUGACCUGUUUCUGAUUUUUUACAAGAAUGGUCUUCCAUCUCCAGAGAGACCGUACCUCUUCAAUGGGGACUUUGUUGACAGAGGGAAACAAUCCAUUGAGAUCUUGAUGAUCCUUUUCGCAUUUUUGUUGGUUUAUCCAAAGGCACUCCAUUUAAACAGAGGAAAUCACGAAGACUAUAUGGUCAACUUAAGAUAUGGAUUCACCAAAGAAGUGAUGAAAAAAUAUAAGGUCCAUGGAAAAAAAAUUCUAAAAAUGCUGCAAAGUGUUUUUAGCUGGCUCCCACUGGCCACCAUAAUAGAUCAGAAAGUACUGGUGACACAUGGAGGGAUAUCCAGUACCACAGACUUAAAUCUAUUGUCUAAAAUUGAACGGCACAAGUUUGCAUCUACGUUGCGACCUCGGAAAAAGAAGGAGAAAACCAAGCAAAUGGAUGAAAAAUUAAAUCAUGGGAAUUGUACAAAUGGAGAAAACGCUCUAACUGUGGCAGAAACUGUGAUUCCCCAUAGAAGUGGGUCAUUCUCCCAUAGUUCCAGCCCAAGCCUUAUACCCAAGUACAAGGGGAAAAGAUCUGCCAGUAGCCCCACCACUAUGACCAUUGACAGAAAGGAGAUCUCCAAACGUGUACGACAGGCUGUUGAUGAAGAACUAGAAAAAUGUCGGCGGCAGGUGGGAUUAACAGAAACUUAUGCAGAGCUAGAUAGCCCAGUUUCUGUGUCUGAAUCUGACUCUGACUCCGGGGAUGUCCAGGAAUAUGACACUGACAAUGAAGAGAGGAAGCAGAUUGUAGAUAUUCUUUGGAGUGAUCCCAUGCCACAAGAUGGCUGUAAAUCAAACUCCGUUCGUGGAGGUGGAUGCUAUUUUGGUCCUGAUGUGACAGAAAAAUUCCUUAGAAAGCAUGGGUUGCAGAUGCUAAUUCGCUCCCAUGAAUGUAAGCAAGAAGGCUAUGAAUUCUGCCACAAUGGAAAGGUAUUGACUAUAUUUUCUGCUUCAAAUUAUUAUGAAAUAGGAAGUAACAAAGGAGCCUACGUCAAACUGGGGCCUGAUCUUGUCCCACACUUUGUACAAUACCAAGCAAAUAAGACCACAAAUACUCUGACUAUGAGACAGAGAGUAAGCACGGUGGAGGAGUCUGCUCUAAGAGCAUUGAGAGAAAAACUGUUUGCGCAUAAGUCAGAUCUCAUUAACGCCUUCAAGCUUUAUGACCGAAAACGAAGUGGAUACAUAACAUUGAAUGACUGGGCAACAGCUCUGGAAUCUGUUUUGAAACUGGGUCUCCCAUGGAGAAUGUUAAGGCCGCAGCUAAUCCGUAGUUCUCCAGAAGGGCUACUGAGAUACAGAGAAUGGUUUGAUGAACUCUAUGCAUGUCAGCCAACUCGAGAGAAUUUACAUUCAAGUUUGCUGGAAGCUCUCUACAGGAACAGAUCAGAUCUGGAGACAAUAUUUAGGAUAAUAGACAGUGAUAGCUCUGGGCUUAUUUCAUUUGAGGAAUUCAAACACACUUGGAAACUACUAAGCUCUCACUUAAACAUAGAAGUCAGUGACGAGGCAAUCUGUAACAUGGCUCGAAGUAUCGAUUUCAACAAGGAUGGAAAUAUUGAUAUUAAUGAGUUUCUGGAAGCCUUUCGAUUAGUUGAUAAACCCCAUGUUGAUGGUUUAGGAACAGACGUUUAGAAUGCAGCUAAGGAUUCCAUGCCAUGUAUUUCCAAGCCAACAUAAAGCAACUGUGAAGAGCAUAUGAACUAUUAACUCUGAAUGCUCAAAGCACAAGUAAUGUCGAAUGGAUCAACAACUUCUGCCCGUGACAAAGACACUCCAAAACCUGGAUAUGAACAUGUUAAAUGAAUCAUUUACAUGUAGAGAUGUAUUCAGAAUGCCAGUAUAUUUAAAUGUAUGUAUACGUUUGUACCUGAACAUGCCAUAAUGCUUUUUCUGUAAUAGGACUGUACAUGUAAGCAGUGCUUUGUAACACAGCUCAUGGUGCAAGAUAGAAAAUAAAUAAAGGUGCUACAGUAUGAUGACAGAUUAACCAAAAUAUAUUUUAUGUGAUCUGUACUCAGUGAGUGCCAUAUGCACAGCUCUCGGAGUACUACUUAAAGCUAAAUUUAAGCGUGUUCAAGUUAUUCCUAUUUAACAGAAGAAUGUGUUAAAAUGCCAACUUAGUGUUUUAGUGCACACUAUGUACAAAAUCAUUUUAGUUCAGAUUAUAAAUAAAAAAUGUACAGAUUUCAAA